AUUUACUGAAUUCCUUAGUAUUGAUACCUUAAAAAAUCGAGAACAAAGACAAUGUCCGUAAUGCCCGCAUAGUGGCCAAUGAAUCGACCCCGUCUCCGGAAACACCUCCGGGCUGCCCUCGGUUCAAGCAAUACAGACUUUAGAAGCACUAAUAGGCAGAUGUAUAGAAGUGGAGAGCUAAUUCACAUCCGGACCUCUCGAUUCGUUGCUGGCACUCUUCUCAUUGUUACUGUCCACGAAAGUCGAUGCCUCGUGGGUGAUUGACAGGCGUAGGAUGGUGUUGGGUGUCCAGUGGUGUUUUCCUUUGGCGAUAGCGACCCGGCCCGUGUAAAUGCCUCCCUCCACUCCAUUCUCAUCUUGAAGUAAACGGCCCGGAUCUCGAUCUCAGCGAAUAGAGGACAACCGGCAGGCGGAAGCUAUCGGCUUGCGGGAUAAUACCUACUAAGGGAAAAGAAAGCAUGAGACAUUACAUAUUGCAAUGAGAUCAGAUCAGGUAUGUGGUGAUUGAAAUAAAGAGGAGCACGAGAGAACGAGUUGUUGAUCUCAUGUUGUUCGUCUCCCAUGUUACUACGAAUUUGCACGAAUUUGCACGAAUUUGCACAUGUUAAAGUGAAUCGCACAAGGUAAAUAAUAAGGGCUGCUCGGUAGGGUGGGUAGGUAUAACUACUAACCUACUGACGACUGCUUGCGGGCAGGUGUCAAAUGCCCCUCACUUGCCAUUUCUUCUUAUGCCCCUCAGCCCCAUCCAUGCUUCUGACCAGUUUCUGCGAUAUUCUUCUGUUGUCUUACUGGAACCUGAUCUCUCCCCUCUAACUUCUCUCAACUUCUCAUUCGUAGCACGAUCUUAUUGAUUUUCGUUAGAUCGACUCGCUCUACUGCUCCUCAACAGUUGCAGACAAAUCUGACUUUUGAUAUCAACAGAAAGUCCUUGUUUCUUCAAUUACUUACCGUCUCCGCUUACCACGCUCUUCUCCAAUAAAUCGACUGACCUUACGCGCAAUAGCGUCAUCGUUUCGCUACUCAACAGCCCAAAGCUCCUUACACUAACUCCACUACUGGGGAUCUACGCCUCUCGGCUCUAAACCAGCUGCCAGGUCAAUUCCCUGCCCCUCCACAAUCGAUAAUCGAUCAUCGGCCAUCGACCACAAAGAACCGCGACGAGGCCGACUACACUCCGACUUUUUUCUUUCUCAAGUUAUCUUCUUUCAACCUUUCAAUAUCCCAAAUCUCCCUGUUUGAGAUUAUUUCUUCCAAUACCGUCAUUAUGCCCGGUGCUGUCGAUGAGAAUGGCCAAGCUGCCCCAGGCCGCCUGUUGCUGCUCUCCAAUCGAUUGCCCAUUACAAUUAAGCGAUCCGAGGAUGGUAGCUAUUCAUUUUCCAUGUCUUCUGGAGGUCUUGUCACGGGUCUCAGUGGUCUCAGCAAAACCACCAGCUUCCAGUGGUAUGGUUGGCCAGGUCUCGAGGUCCCCGACAACGAAGUCGAGGGUAUGAAGCAACGACUGAAAGACGAGUACGGCGCGCACCCGGUUUUUAUCGACGAUGAGCUUGCCGACAGACAUUACAAUGGGUUUUCUAACUCAAUUCUUUGGCCUCUUUUCCAUUACCACCCUGGUGAGAUUACAUUCGACGAGUCCGCUUGGGCCGCAUAUCAAGAAGUCAACCGCCUCUUCGCCAAGACCGUUAUCAAGGACGUGCAGGAUGGUGACCUUAUUUGGGUUCAUGACUACCAUCUGAUGCUCCUCCCUCAAAUGCUCCGUGAGGAGAUCGGCGAAUCGAAAAAGAAUGUCAAGAUUGGCUUCUUCCUCCAUACACCAUUCCCCAGUAGUGAAAUUUACAGGAUCCUGCCUGUCAGAGAAGCACUCCUUACUGGACUUCUUGACUGCGACCUUAUCGGAUUCCAUACAUACGACUACGCUCGUCACUUCCUUAGCAGUUGCUCCCGCAUUCUCGAGUGUCCCACGACCCCCAAUGGUGUCGAUUGGAAUGGCCGUUUUGUGACAGUUGGCGCCUUCCCCAUUGGAAUCGAUCCCGACAACUUCGUUGAAGGACUGAAGAAGCCAAAAGUGCAGGAACGUAUCGCUGCACUCAGCCGAAAGUUCGAAGGUGUCAAGCUCGUCGUUGGAGUCGAUCGCUUAGAUUACAUCAAGGGUGUUCCUCAGAAACUGCACGCUCUCGAAGUGUUCCUAACUGAACAUCCGGAAUGGAUUGGUAAAAUCGUCCUGGUUCAGGUUGCUGUUCCUUCGCGACAAGACGUCGAAGAGUAUCAGAAUCUUCGUGCCGUGGUUAACGAACUGGUCGGCCGUAUCAACGGAAAGUUUGGUACCAUUGAGUUUAUGCCCAUUCACUUCCUCCAUCAAUCCGUCACUUUUGACGAGCUUACUGCCCUGUAUGCCGUAUCUGACGUCUGUUUGGUCUCAUCCACUCGAGACGGUAUGAACUUGGUGUCUUACGAAUACAUUGCGACACAACAGAAGAACCACGGCGUCAUGAUUCUGAGCGAAUUCACAGGUGCUGCUCAAUCACUCAAUGGCAGUCUCAUCGUCAAUCCUUGGAACACAGAAGAGCUUGCCAAUGCUUUACAUGACGCCGUUACCAUGAGCCCUGAACAACGUGAAGCCAACUACAAGAAGCUCGAACGUUAUGUUUUCAAGUAUACAAGUGCUUGGUGGGGUGCUAGCUUUGUCUCUGAAAUGACUCGUCUUAGCACUGAGGGUUCUCAGCCCAAGACUCUGCGCAACGUCUCUGGGGCUGUAAUCGGACUGGAGCAGAAAGCUCAACAGGCUGUCGCUGAUCUUGAGAAGAAAGCCGAGGAACUAUUAACUAUUGACGAGAAGAAGGAAGCCGAUUCACAGACAGAGCCUUCUCAAUAAAAAUUGUCUUGUAGCAGGGAAGGAUAUUGGUGUGCAAGAACGAGUUCACGGUUUGGGUUCAAGCGGUCAUGAUUUGGGAUCUCAUUAUAAACUGUUUUUCUUUUGCUAUAAUAAAAAAAUAUCUUGAUGAAGUCAUCGACCUUGUUUCUGAGUGUCUCGACUAGGUUUAAAUGUUCAUUUGGAUCUGAGUUCUUGUCAUUGAAUCAUGUGUGCGUAGGUAAAAGAAUCCUCUGUUGGUGGGACUCUUUCCAUUUCUGCGCAUGGUAACCUAGAGUAUCAAUGCCGUGGGCGAAUGUAAGCUACCAUGGGCCCGAAGAUGAUAAAGUGCGUUGAUUGCGAUGCAAAUGCAUCAGCAGAUGGUAUCUAAACAAAAAGAGACCAUACAGGUUAUGAAACCCAUACAUUACAAAUUCCAAAGUCCACCAAAACUCCGUCUCGGAUCUCAUCAUGAAGUCGUAACACUUCGAAGUACUACCCUAAUUUGCCGAAUCAACCGCAAUUACGCAAGUGACAAUCUCUUCCACUCAAUAAGGUGCAUUGACAAUAUCGUCCUUUCCAAGUUUGUAUCGGCCACUGUCUCGGGUCCCGAUGCGUCCAGAACCUCGACGCGAAUCACUCAGUCGAACGUUACCAAUGAUGCUCUCGCGGGUAGGUUUCCUUAGACUUUGUUUUGCGACCAUGUUUACUUCGUUGGGCAAAGCAACAAUGACGUUCUUGUCCGAGCCGUAUUUGAAGUCGUCCGCUUUGACCUCCUCUUCAUAACGCUUAAUUUUAUAAGCUGCCUUUAUACCCUGAAGUAUUCGCUUCAGGUUCCAUUCGAUGAUGUAGGGACCGGUUGCAGUGAUGAUGCUUGUCUCCUCUGCACCUUCUCCAGUAUUGAAUUUGGCAGGAGUAAAAUGAACCGGUUUUCCAGUCUCGUGGUAGAACUGGGCCACAUGCUCAGGGCUAAGGGCGAGUCGUCGAGGAUGCGGUUUAUCAUUGGCAGCGAAAGGCUUCUCGAAACCAAGCUUACCCUCGUUCUUUCCAGACUUCUGUUGGGCGUCAACCAGCAGGAUGUAGUUCUUGGUUGUCCCCAAGAUCCACCGGCCAUCGGCAGAAACGUCAAUACCAGUGAUGGGGUCACCAAGCGCAGGAAGCUGUGUCUUGGCUCGAAUGCCGAGCCGGUCAAAGAGACGAAUGUCACCCUUAUUACUUGCAACAGCAAUAUAGCCCUUUUCAGUAGUUGCGAGGGCAGAGAAGUCGUUCUUCGAGGCAUAUUGCUUCAUAUCAGCAUCAACAAGCUUGUUGCCGGACAGACGGGGGUCAACUCGGUAAAGAGCGUUGUUUGAGACACCCAGGAAGGUCUGUUCAGAAGUCAUCUGCGCAAACUUGUUCUCGGGGGCAAAUGUGACAACGGGGAUGUCAUCGUGAACGUUCCACUCAUCCACGACCUUUCCAUACUCAAGGUCCAUACGAUAGAGCUUGUUGGGAUCUAUCUCAUUCUGUAAGAUGAGAUCUCGAUCCUCGCUAUGCAGCAUGACUUUCUUCGGGUUCAUGAGUUUGCCUGAAGGAGUUGUGACUUUGGAAAUGUUCGUGGAGAAUUCGAGGUGAUUGUUGGGUGUAUGUUUGAAUACACCGAUCUUGGAGCCGCGAACGACGAAUGAGCGGUCAUGCUUGUAACCAACAGCCAAUUGUGAGUUGACCUCACCAUCAGCGUUCUUGGGGAAGCUACUAUCGUUCUCCUCAUCUGUGUCGUACUCCUCCUCUUGCGCGCGAUCAUCCUCUAGCUCUUCUUCUUCUUCUUCCUCCUCCUCCUCCUCUUCCUCUGUGGAAGGCGCAUCUUCCAUAGUUAGGUCGCCAAAUGCGUCAAGAACAUACUCGCGUUCUUUGUCUUGCAUCUUCGUCCACUUGGUCUCGUUCAGCUUCUCCCAAAUGGCUUGCAUAAUCGCUUCUUGGAACUUUUCCAGGGUGGGCUGAUCCUUAAAUCUGAGAAGCCAUGAUCGUGCAGUUCCAUCACUGCUGAAAUGGUUGAAGACGAAGGAGAGAUAUUCAAAAUCGAAGACAGGGUUGAAGUCAGCGACGACAGGAGUACCCAGAUACGCCUUAUCGUUCGACUCAAUCUGGAGCCAGUAUUCCCAUUUUCCAACUUCUGAGACUUGAGCAAUGACAGAAUCAUCAACGAGAGCGAAAUGACCAGGCUGAGGGUCAAAAACAUGGAGUUCAGCCACAACAGCGGCAUAUAUUUCCAGAGCCUCGGGAGGGUUGCUAGCGUCCGGACCAGUCAGGACCGGGGCUUCAAUUUCCUGUUCUGGGACGAAGGCAGGCUCACGCUUAGCAGCGGAAUUUGCUUGGGUCUUAGAUAACAUAUCGUCGACAGAUUCGAUAGAUCGAGCUAAAGUUGGGCUAUGCAGGGGACUAGCAGGCGGUAUCGGGUCCUCUUCUUCAAAUUCGAACUGCUGAAGGUCGGAGGCAGUUGCUGUAGAAUGCGAUUUGCGAUACUUGCGCUCGUAUUGGCACUGCUGAGCAACUUGCACAAACUGCUGUACCUGGGAUGAUGUAACAGAAGGGUCGCAAACGAACUGGAAGAGGUCACCAGUAUCACCGCUUAAAUCCUUCCAAGCAAGAACUUUGUCACCACUCUCUCGAAUCUCGGAACGAAAAGACAGAGCUUCGUCGAGUAGGAAGGUCUUCUCGUCUUUCUCAGAUGCGAGGGCGUCGAUUUCGGCGUCUUCACCCUCUUCUUCGGCAAGAAGCUCUGCCUCACCUUCUUCAAAGACGCGUUGAACAACAAGCUGGUACUGGAACUCCUGGUUUGUGCGUCGAAUGCGGAUAGCCGAGUCUCGAAAAAUGAGUUCGGAAUAGCCCUUAGGAGAUAAGGGUCGAACAAGGUAGAGCUGUCCCUGUGGAAGCUCGAUCAAUGCCUCCUGCGUGCUUGAGCCGAAUAUCAGUUUGCCGACUUGAGAACGAUAGCGUUAGUAGACUUGCACGAGAAUGAAAAACGGCGCAGCAGAAGGGGGGAGAUGCAGAAGUGGUGGAAGAGAUAAGGCACAAAGCAG